AUGCCCCGUGACGGCUCAACAUUCAAGGAGAUAGCAGAAGGAAUACUCAAUUUCUCUGAGGCAACUUUCACGUAUUGUUCUUAUGAUAUUAGUGGAUUUAAGAUUUUUCAUGACUGCACACAGUGUGAAAUUGGUGGGCAAUACUGUGGAUUCAACCCACAGAGGAAUCAAACUUUCUGCAUGAAUCACGGCUCACACCUCAAAGUUCUUGCAGCUACAUCGUCGGUAGACGCACUAGUUGUUCUUUUGUUGAUGGUGGCUACGGCACUCUACUUUUCACUCAACACAAGAUAUAACGAGGAGAUACACUUGAAAGUCGAAAUGUUUCUAAGGACACAUGGCACCUCGAAACCCACAAGGUACACUUUCUCAGAAGUUAAGAAGAUAGCAAGGCGAUUUAAGGAAAAAGUGGGCCAGGGUGGAUUUGGAUCUGUAUACAAAGGCGAGCUACCAAAUGGAGUUCCUGUGGCUAUCAAAAUGUUAGAGAACUCUACAGGAGAGGGAGAAGAAUUCAUCAAUGAAGUUGCAACUAUAGGACUAAUUCAUCAUGCAAAAUAUAAGCGCCUACUGGGAUUUUGCUCGAAGGAAGAAGACACGAGUCAUUGGAGAAAUAUAUUUUCUCGUGCAUUGCACGAGGAAUGGAAUACCUACAUCAAGGAUGCAACAAACGCAUCCUCCACUUUGACAUCAAGCCUCACAAUAUCUUGCUUGACUACAACUUCAAUCCAAAGAUCUGACUUUGGCCUUGCAAAAUUGUGUGCAAGGGAUCAAAGCAUAAUUACCUUGACGGCAGCAAGAGGCACUAUGGGGUAUAUUGCACCCGAGCUCUAUUCUCGCAGUUUUGGGGGCGUAUCCCACAAGUCAGAUGUUUACAGUUUUGGCAUGUUGGUGUUAGAAAUGGUAAGCGGAAAGAGGAACUCGGACCCAAGUGUUGACAGCCAAAAUGAGGUUUACCUCCCAGAGUGGAUAUUUGAGAAAGUAAUCACUGGACAGGACGUGGUACCAAAGGAAAUGACAGGAGAAGAGAGAGAAAAGGUGAGACAGCUGACCAUCGUGGGACUAUGGUGCAUUCAAUGGAACCCAAGAAACCGACCCUCAAUGACAAAGGUGGUAAACAUGUUAACAGGGAGGUUGGAGAAUCUUCAGAUGCCCCCAAAGCCAUUCGGGGAUGCCAUAAAACAUGAAGCUACUAUGCUAUCACCAUUUAAUGAAUAA